CUGUUGUCGGCCGCCCUAAGUGUCUCUGCUGCUGUGAACUUGUGGUUAAAGUUUACCUCUCAGUUCUGUCUCAUGAGCUCAGUUCUUCUGAAAGUUUGAGAGAGAGAUGAGCGGACAGUCCGUCCCCGCGGACUUCUCAGGAAACAUGUUGGACUUGGACGAGGACGACGACCUGGAGGUUUUCAGCAAGAACACAUCCCUGGCAGAUGGGAGUCCCAUGCCCAACUCUCCUAGCUCCAUGGUUAACCAGUACAGACUGGAGGAGGAUGAGGAGGAGCAGCUGGAUGCCAACACCAAAGACCUCUUCAUCGACGUUGAUAACCCAGAGAGCCAUGUCACUGCCAUUGAAACCUUCAUCAUGUACAGAGUCGUGACCAAGACCACACGGAGCGAAUUUGACUCCAGUGAGUAUGAAGUUCGGAGGCGCUACCAGGACUUUCUGUGGCUCCGAAGCAGACUGGAAGACAACCACCCAACACUAAUUGUCCAUCCUCUCCCAGAGAAGUUUGUUAUGAAAGGCAUGGUGGAGCGCUUCAACGAUGACUUCAUUGAGACCAGGAGGAAAGCUCUGCACCGCUUCCUCAACAAGAUAUCGGCACAUCCCAUAUUGUCCUACAGUCAGCACUUAAAAGUCUUCCUCACAGCACAGGAGUUGUCAUCUCACAGGAAACAGGGUCCAGGCUUCCUAAGCAGGAUGGGGGAGACGGUGAGAGCGGUAGCCAACUCGGUACGAGGCCUGAGGAGCCGGCCAGAGGAGUUCACACAGAUGCAGGAGUAUGUGGAGGACUUCAGUAACAAGAUCUGCUCUGUGGACAAAGUCACCCAGAGGAUCAUCAAGGAGCAGAGAGAAUAUGUGGAUGAGUUGAAGCAGUACAGCCCCACCUACACCCAGUGGGCGGGGUCAGAGGAGGAGCUGGCGGAGUCACUGAACGGUGUUGCCAGCUGUGUCGAGCGGUGCAGUAAGGAAACAGAAGAGCAGAUCUACCAUCUGUCUGAAGUCCUUGUACCCACCCUGCAUGAGUACGUCUUGUGUGCCGAGACCCUCAAGGCUGUGAUGAGACGGAGGGACAACAUCCAGGCUGAGUUCGAAGCCAAGAGCGAAGCACUGGCAUCCAGAAAAGCUGACCAAGAUGCACUGCAGGAGGAGGUCGAUGGUCUAGCGGAUCGGGUGGAGCUGGCCAACAAUGCCUUGAAAGGAGACUGGACCCGCUGGCAGAACAUCAUGAGAAAUGACCUCAAAUCAGCUUUUAUAUCCACUGCUGAGAAGAACAUGGAGUACUAUGAGAAGUUUCAGAGGAAGUAUUCGCUAAGUCUUCCCCUUCAAAGACGUCAUCUACGGACAAUGUUUGCAGUCCAAGAAUACUUUGUAUGUUGUGUGUGCUGUGGCCAGUUGUGCUUCAACUUCACACAAUCUUUUCUUCAGCACACACAGAGUAGUCCCUCACGUCCUUUCUACAUUAAUCCAUGUGUACAGCCUGAGAAUGUGACAUUAAAAUUAAAAUAAAAUAGAACUACAAGCACUUAUAAACAGGUGCCUGGCCCCCCCGCAUGACUCGGACCCCCGCACUGCAGAGCCCACGGAAGUUGGCCCCAAAGGAUGACGGGCUUGCAGCAAAACUGAGGACAUACGCCAACGUCUGAGCCGUGGUAUUUGCUGUAAUGGGAAGUGCACCUGAAGUGCAAAAGGCUGAAUGUGUGCCGAUUUGUAUUUGUUGUACUAAAUCACACCCACAUUGACCACUCGUGACCACCUUCACAAUCUGGCCUCAGGAUUGGCCCAACAUCAUACCGACCAAAUUUUGUUAAAAUCGGUGUCGCCGUUCAAGAUAUAUAAACUUCCCAUAUUUUUAGCGCCCCCUAGUGGCCAAAAUUUCUGCAUUCUUUUUUUUUGAAUAUUGCGCAGUGUCUUGACAUUCAGAUUCCGUAUGUACAUCAAGAUGUUUGCAUCAAACAAUCUGUAUUCAGUGCAUUUCAGAGGAAGUACUUCCCAUGGCCAGGAGUAGUUGUCCACAGCCAGGAGUUCAGUGGGAGGAGGGAGUUUUUCAACUUCCCCCACAGUAGCAUUGUGGUCAUUGAUGGCAACUUUGAAGGCUUUCUACUUGACAGCAAUCUUUCUUCUCAGUUGAUGCCUUCGCUUAUUCCCACCUACAAUGAGAAACACAAAAUGAGUGUGCACUCACACGAUGACUACACAAAAGCACCACACACAAUAAGGCUUCAAAAUAUGCAUGUAUGUGUUAUGAUUAAAGUGAUCACUGUGUGAUCAUUUUUACAUCACAAGUUUCAUAACCAUUUGAAAAAUUGUGAAAAAAAAUUUGAAUCCAUUUUAAACAAUCAUGUUUUUUUCAAAUGGAGGACAAAAUUGGUAGGUCAGGACAUCUCUGCACUUUGCAGAAAUAUUGAAAAUAUUACAGUACACGAGCAGAGCCAAAUUAUUCUUUAAAAUAUGCCAUCAAAUAGUUUUUUUCACAGAACCUGAGGUCCACUGCUGAACAUCAGCCACCCACUGCUGGACUGUCUUGCUGUAGCGAUAACUCAGCAGCAAGUUUCUCCAGGUCCUUUGUUGCCUCUGUAAUCCUUUGUACAGUCUGUUUGACAGAAAUAACUGUGUUAACAAAUGCUGAGACACAAUUUAAAAACAAAAAUGUUAUCAUGCAUAUUUGCCUAGUUAGUACCGUGAUGUAUCUUUUGGACAGUGUCUGGUCAAGGUCUUCUGCCUUUCGCUUGUUCCAGCCACUUGCCUGGACUGUUAGCAUGUCUGUGCGAGCUUGACACACAAUGCAUGUGCAGUAAUUUAGGUUCACAGUGAGGACCAAAGGUCAGAUACUACAUUGAUCAUACUGUAAUAUUGUCACAUAAACCUGGAAAGAAACAUUAAUUAACACUUAAUUAUUGUGUCAGAAGUUAAAUUAUUAUAAAAAGAAUCCUGAUCAGUGUAAAAGUGCUGACUAGACAAUUGUUUUCAAUGGGAGCACCUAUGUAUACAGCAUGAUAACGACCCCAAUCACACCUCAAAGCUCCAACAGAACCACUUGACGACCAAAGACGAUCAUAAAAAAAAUAGCGCUAUACUCAAAACAAACAAAAAAUAUGUUGGCUUGGGUCUCAAUUUUGACACAACUAUACAUGAAAAAUGCAUACCAGCUUUUGACAUGUACUUGGAACAUAUGGCUGCUCGAGAGAGGAAGCUGUUUACCUGUUCAACCUCCUCCCCAAUUGUUGUUCCUGCUCCUUCUUGAUUGCGCCCCCCCCAUUUUAACUGUAACACAUUUACAUGAAUGUCAUCAUUUGGAAAACAAAAAGUAGGGGCAGAGGACAGACAAUCAUAAUGUGUGGUAGAAAUGGUAAGAAAUACAUCUAAUUGUCAUUAUUACCUCACACAACCAUGAAUGCACUUUUGCAUGCAUGGUGGAGAGAAAUGGGCGCAUGUUCAGGAAGUCCUCGAACUCUGGACAGUGGUCCACAACUCUCUGCAGAUAUGGCCAAUAUUUGCAGACUGCAUCAGAGCAAAAAAAAAAAAACGGGACGGUCUGUGAAGCUAGCUGUUUCUGGAGAUAAAAUGGAUGUGCAAAUAUUUCUCCACAGAACAUAUUCAGUCCCUUCAGCAAAACCCCACAACGGCAGACAGCAACUUCACACCUUCCUCGUCUAGUUUGAUUGCAGACUUGUUGGCGGACACUCAUGAUGCGGUCACAUCUCCCUUUCCCUGGAUUCCCUGGACAGAUGAGGGCAAAUACAGACAUUUACACAAUUACAUUUUACAAAAUAAGCUGUAAAUCAUGGUAUUAAGGCAUUUGAUGCAGUAGUGCCACUCUAUAGUGGCACUAAUGUUUACAUU